GUCCCGUCUCGAAACAUCGGUUCUGUACCGGCUACCGGCCAUACAUUUCCGGUAUAGCAUUCCUUCGUUCAGCACAGACCUACAAGUUUGUUCCAUUUGAGUCCUUGAGCAGAUAAAGUGUUUCGGCGACAUAAAAGAUGAGUGUCCCAUUAGAAGAACUGAGAGCGAGGCGCCUCGCUGACAUAGAGGAACGUGAGAAGAGGGAGCGGGAGGAACGACGUGAGCGACGUGAGCGUGAGCAGCGUGAGCAUCGUGAGCGUCAGGAACGAGAGGAACGUGAGCGUCGUGAGCGUGAGGAGCGUGAGGAACAUGAGAAGAGGGGGGAUGAACUAUGUGAUGCCUUCCAAAAUGAAGCUUUGAAUGAAGAUUCCAGUUGUGCACCAGACGGAUUGCAGCAAAGCCCUGAUGGUUUGGAGCAGCAGCUUGGACCUGGAGUGCCUGCUGCAGUGCCUGCUGCAGUGCCUGCUGCAGUGCCUACUGCAGUGCCUACUGCAGUGCCUGCUGCAGUGCCUGCUGCAGUGCAUACUGAGUCUACUGGUGGUUUGGAGCUGGUGCCAGUAGUGCGCAGGGCUGGCACUCAGUUUGACAUGGGCCACGCUAUCAGCUCACUCUUGUCCCAAGUUGGACAGCCCUCCAAUGGUAGGAAUAGUGCGCCAACAAUUAUUAUUUGCUUCAAUAACCAACCUGGUGUGGUUCAACAUCCUGGCAUGAUGCGAAGCGAGGCAACAAGACUGACACGGAGUCCCAGUCCUGAUGUAGUAAUUGUGGAGCCGCCUCAAGAUUCUAGAAGUGGUUCUUCAGCUGCAAUGUCUGCUCCACCUAAUCAACCCGACUCAUGGGAACCAACUCCAAGGUUCAGGAGUCCCAGUCCUGAUCUCUCAGUUGGUAGGGCAAGGAGCCCAAGUCCCUAUUCGGAAAGGAGAAGUGCCACACCUGAUUGCGUUGUAAGCAGGAGAAGAAGCCCAAGUCCAGAUCUCUUCGUUCCUAGGAGAAGACUGAGAAGUCCAAGUCCAGCUGCUACAAGGACAAGAGAAAGUGCAUCUGCAGCUGCAACCAGUAGCUCCAGAAGCCAUUCUUCCGGAAUGCCAUGGGAUCGUAGUCCUGACCGAGACUCUUCUAGGAGGAGGGGGAGAAGUCCAAGUCCAGCGGCUACAAGGUCUGGAGAAAAUUCAUCUGCGGCUGCGACCAGUAGCUCCAGAGGCCAUUCUUCCAGACUGCCAUGGGAUCUUAGUCCUGACCGAGACUCUUCUAGGAGGAGGGGGAGAAGUCCAAGUCCAGCGGCUACAAGGUCUGGAGAAAAUUCAUCUGCGGCUGCGACCAGCUCCAGAGGCCAUUCUUCCAGACUGCCAUGGGAUCUUAGUCCUGACCGGGACUCUUCUAGGAGGAGGGGGAGAAGUCCAAGUCCAGCGGCUACAAGGUCUGGAGAAAAUUCAUCUGCGGCUGCAACCAGUAGCUCCAGAGGCCAUUCUUCCAGACUGCCUUGGGAUCUUAGUCCUGACCGAGACUCUUCAAGGAGGAGGGGGAGAAGUCCAAGUCCAGCAGCUACCAGGUCUGGAGAAAAUUCCUCUGCAGCUGCGACCAGUAGCUCCAGCGGCCAUUCUUCCAGACUGCCUUGGGAUCUUGGUCCUGACCGAGACUCUUCAUGGAGGAGGGGGAGAAGUCGAAGUCCAGCUGCUACAAGGACUAGAGACAGUUCAUCUGCAGCUGUCUCCACCAGUGGUAGUGGCCAUCAAUCUAGGCAGUCAUUAGAUCGCAGUCCUGAUCCCACAUCUUCAAGUCCUCAGAGAACAAAUUCAAGGACCAGCCAUGAUUUCUCCUUCUUGAGGCCCUCUGCAUCACAGAGGGCCUCUGCUUCUGUCUCUGUAUCUGGACGGAGCCUGAGUCCAGACUUCAGACAGCCGUCCACGUCUGGAUCCUCUAGCACAACAAAGCCCCCACCAAAGAAAAGGGGCCGGCCGAGGAAAAACGCAGCAAAAGGGAAAGACCAGGCGAUCUGCUCGGCAUGUGAUGGACAGAAAGAUGGAGCAUACGCAACAGUUCCAUGUGGGCAUGUUUUCCACAAAGACUGCCUUAUUGGUUGGGGUAACUCUCCUCUGCAGAUAUCAAAAGCUUACAAGAAUUGUCCAAACUGCAAGGCACUAUAUGAUCCAGAAGAACAAGUGAAGCCCCUGUUCCUCUGAAUUACUGUACCAUCACACUUUGCUCUGUUUGUAUUUCCUUCAAUGUUUAUGUUUUUACUUCACAUGCUAGCCAACACUACUCGCUAAUCUUUAAAGUAUUGUUUUUGGAAUAAUUACUGUUUGUUAAAAUGGGCUAUUCUGUUGAGUGCCUGACAUGCAAAUCUUAGACUGUUUCUUCAUAGCUAAUUAAGUGCGCAGCUGUUGGAUGUGCAGUUUAUUCUUCUGCUCUGAUUUUUCUAGUUUCUUUUUAGCCUAUAUUUUGUUAACGAGUACAUAGUUGUUUUCUUUGACUACAUCAUAAUCUGUUGAUAAUGCUCUUUUUGAUCUAGCGACUUGCAUUGUAAGUCUUUAUUGACGUGAUCCAUGAGCUGACUACGACUAGUUAUUUUAAGGGACAUUAUGCCGAGGACUUGACGCAAUCUAAGGUUUUCUCCGGAUAGCUGAUCAAGUGCUCAGCUGUUGGAUGUAGGCUUUCAUUCAACUUAGAUUUUCCUGUUUUAGCUACUAUUGUGAUCAUGACUAGUUAUCAUUACAUUUUGAUUACUUUAGAAUUGUUUCAUAAUUCUCUUUUUCUUGCAACUUGCAUUGUAACUCUGAUUUUCCUGAUCCAUGUGUUGGUUACGAUUCUUUGUUGUAAAGGCUAUUCUGACGAGGACCUGACAUGCAACGUUAGGCUUUUUCUUGAUUAAGUGCUCAGCUGUUAUAUGUGAACUUUUUUUUAUUCUACUUACAUUUUCCAGUUUCUUUUAGCCUAUAUUUUGUUCAUGACUAUCUAGCUAACUAGCUUUACAUUUUGAUUACCUCAGAAUUGUUUCAUAAUCCUCUUGUUGUUCUUGCGACUUGCAUUAUAACUCUGAUUUUCCUGAUCCAUGUGCUGGUUACGAUUCUUUGUUGUAAAGGAUAUACUGACGAGGACCUGACAUACAAUGCGAGGUUUUUUGUGGAUUAAGUGCUGAGCUGUUGGAUGUGGCCUUUUUUUAUUUUACUUACAUUUUCCAGUUUCUUUUAGCCUAUAUUUUGUUCAUGACUAGUUAUCUUUACAUUUUGAUUACCUCAGAAUUGUUUCAUAAUUCUCUUGUUGUUCUUGCGACUUGCAUUAUAACUCUGAUUUUCCUGAUCCAUGUGCUGGUUACGAUUCUUUGUUGUAAAGGAUAUUCUGACGAGGACCUGACAUACAAUGCGAGGUUUUUUGUGGAUUAAGUGCUGAGCUGUUGGAUGUGGCCUUUUUUUAUUUUACUUACAUUUUCCAGUUUCUUUUAGCCUAUAUUUUGUUCAUGACUAGUUAUCUUUACAUUUUGAUUACCUCAGAAUUGUUUCAUAAUUCUCUUGUUGUUCUUGCGACUUGCAUUAUAACUCUGAUUUUCCUGAACCAUGUGCUGGUUACGAUUCUUUGUUGUAAAGGAUAUUCUGACGAGGACCUGACAUACAAUGCGAGGUUUUUUGUGGAUUAAGUGCUGAGCUGUUGGAUGUGGCCUUUUUUUAUUUUACUUACAUUUUCCAGUUUCUUUUAGCCUAUAUUUUGUUCAUGACUAGUUAUCUUUACAUUUUGAUUACCUCAGAAUUGUUUCAUAAUUCUCUUGUUGUUCUUGCGACUUGCAUUAUAACUCUGAUUUUCCUGAUCCAUGUGCUGCUCACGAUUCUUUGUUGUAAAGGACAUUCUGACGAGAACCUGACAUACAAUGUGAGGUUUUUUGUGGAUUAAGUGGUGAGCUGUUGGAUGUGGCCUUUUUUUAUUCUGCUUAGAUUUUCCAGUUUCUUUUUAGCGUAUAUUUUGUUCAUGACUAGUUAUCUUUACAUUUUGAUUACAUCAGAGCUAUUUGAUGAUUCCCUUAUUGUACUUGCAAGUUGUAUGUUAAGUUUGGGUUGAGUUCUUGUAAAUUUUUUUAUUAUUUUAUUUAGUUUGAAUUAAGUUGUCCUGCAGAUGUUGAGCUUUAGGUGUGCAAGUUCUGCCAAGAAUAUUUGCUUUGAAUGUCUCGUUUAGUAUUGUGUGACUUAUA